AUGGCAAAGUCUAUUCACAUUGCAAUGUUUGUAUCCAUAGUAAUGUUCUUCACGUCACAUUUAAAUUCUUCCCAAGAAUUUGAUCAAUAUUCACAAGAGGUACCAGAAGAUGUGAAGAUAUCUCCUACAUCGGAUUUUGAUAUUUACGUCGAAUCUCCCGAUGAAUCUCUAUUUGAAGAAGUCGAUUCACCCGCAAUGGAAUAUGAGAUGAAGUCUGGACAUCAUUACACACACAAACAACUCGGUUUUCUUGAGGCUUGCUUUCAAAAUCUGAACUCAUUAGACUGUGGAGAUAAUAUUUUCAAGAACAUGUUAGAUGAGGCAGCACAAGGAUUAUCAAAUGAAUGUUGUCAUGAUCUGUUAAAGAUUAGCAAAGAUUGUUACCUAGGAAUGACUCAAAGCACUUUAUCGAGUUACGAGUAUAGAUUUAUUGUGUCUAAGGCUAUUCCCAAAAGUAAACAGACAUGGAAUGAUUGUGUUCGUAGAGUUGGGAACCAGAUUGGCAGCCCGAUCGCUUUUGAGGAACUACACUAA